GCUGCCCUUGCGCAUCAUUCGAACACCGCGCACCACAGUCUCGGCAUCUAAGCCCUGAACUGUAACACGCGUCCGGGACCUAUAUCCCGCAGCGACUUCGACGAACAGGAUAAGUUAACCGAGCACAAUGCCUUUCAAACCCGUUGACAACCCGAAGUGCCCUAAAUGCGGCAAAUCAGUAUACGCAGCCGAAGAGCGAGUCGCCGGCGGGCUCAAGUGGCACAAAAUGUGCUUCAAGUGCGGCCUGUGCCAGAAGUUGCUGGACUCUACCAACUGCUCAGAACACGAAGGUGAACUGUACUGCAAAGUUUGCCACGCACGUAAAUUCGGACCAAAAGGCUACGGCUUCGGCGGUGGUGCUGGUUGCCUGUCCAUGGACACCGGCGAUCACCUGAAGGCUGAAAAUGCGGGGGUAAAGACCAAUGGAGCUUGUAUGGAGCCACGCGUAAUUGCCAAGGCGCCUCCCGGUCAGGGAUGUCCACGAUGCGGUGGCUUCGUUUACGCUGCCGAACAGAUGUUAGCUAGAGGACGGGCGUGGCACAGGGAGUGCUUCAAAUGCGGAGAGUGCUUAAAACGGCUGGACUCUACAAACUGUUGCGAGGGCUCUGACAAAGAUAUUUACUGCAAAGUAUGUUAUGGAAAGAAGUUUGGGCCUAAGGGAUAUGGUUACGGAAAAGGAGCUGGUGUCUUGCAGAGUGACCCUUACGCCAACGGAGGUAUAGGCCAUGGAGGAAUGUCUAGCCUCGGUCUAAUGUGUGAUAUAAAGGACAUGGAAUGGCAAAGUGAACAAGCACCAAAGACAACGGUAAUCGAUACCGCUUCCAUCCAGGCCCCACCUGGCAAAGGAUGCCCUAGGUGUGGUGGUGUUGUAUUUGCCGCUGAACAAGUCCUGGCUAAGGGCCGCGAAUGGCAUCGCAAGUGCUUCAAGUGCCGUGACUGCACGAAGACUUUGGACUCCAUCAUUGCUUGCGACGGACCUGACUCCGAAGUUUACUGCAAGACUUGCUACGGCAAGAAAUGGGGACCCCACGGCUAUGGUUUUGCCUGUGGUUCCGGAUUUUUGCAGACUGAUGGCCUAACUGAGGAGGAGAUUUCUGCUAGCCGUCCUUACUACAACCCCGAUACAACCUCCAUCAAAGCCCCCAAAGGCCAGGGCUGCCCUCGUUGCGGUGGCAUGGUCUUUGCCGCUGAACAGCAGUUGGCUAAGGGCACGAUGUGGCACAAGCGCUGCUUCAACUGCGCGGAGUGCCACCGGCCUUUGGACUCGAUGCUAGCUUGUGACGGCCCUGACAAGGAGAUCCACUGCCGCGCUUGCUACGCUAAACUUUUCGGGCCCAAAGGAUUUGGUUUCGGCCAUGCCCCUACUCUCGUUUCCACCGAUUCUGAACCUGCUGUCACAUACAUGGAGCAGCUUCCAUUCACUGGCCAGAAAGCAGCUAAAGGCCAGGGCUGCCCUCGCUGUGGAUUCCCUGUAUAUGCAGCUGAACAAAUGAACUCCAAGAAUGGCACAUGGCACAAACGGUGCUUCUCAUGUGCGGAUUGCCAUAGAUCUCUUGAUUCUACCAACUUGAACGACGGACCCAACGGAGAAAUUUACUGCCGAAGUUGUUACGGCCGGAAUUAUGGUCCCAAGGGUGUAGGAUUUGGUAUGGGCGCAGGCACAUUGACCAUGGCAUAGAACUAGACUAUAAAGCUGGCCUUUAUAGGAACCAUUUAGAUGUAAUGGUAGCAUGAAAGGAAUUUAAUCUAUUGUAUGUUGCUACCUAGCUUGAUGGACUAUCAUACCAUGUAUUAAACUGGAUUUAAUAAUGGUUGAUAAACUACUUUAAAGAGACUAAUGAAGUAAAUGGUAAUAGCCUUUGAGCACAAGUAUUUUGUUACGAAAGUUUAAAUUAAAGGUUACAUUCCUUUCAUAAAAUAAUGUACAAAUUGUGAUGAAUGUGUCUGGGCCCUUAGUUUACAUAUUCGUUAUGAAAUAUUGUAGUAAUAAGGUAAUAGACUUAAUGUAGUUAUGUAAGAACUAUCAAUAAUUUGUUAAACAGAAAUAAAAAAAGAAACUAAAAAAUACAAAAAAAAUACGGCAUUGUGAUUACAUAUACCUUAUAUUUACCACAUAGUGGUAUGAAGGUAUUAUGCAAAACAAAAACUAUCCUGUAAACGCGGAAAAGAUUGCAAAUAAUUGUAAUCGUUUCGACCGACCAGAUCUUGAUGUAUAAGAUCUGAAGUGUCUAUACAUAUUUUUAUACACCAAAGAUUUUUGUACAUAAUUUGUUAUUUGCUAAGUGCACAUAAGCUGUGCUGAAGUAAAUUCUAACUACUUACGUAUAUUACGCUUUUGAAGCUUUUGCUAUAUAUAUUUAACAAGCACCAUGUAAGGAUAAUGUAAAGAUUAAAGCAGCUUAUUGCAUUAUUAUUUUAUUUAAUAAACAAAAUUUGUAUAAGUUAUAUAAUUUUUAUUAAAUAAAUACACGACA